AUGAAUAUCUUGGAAUGGGCCUUUGGCAAGCGCAUCACGCCCGCAGAGCGUCUGCGCAAGAACCAGCGACUUCUUGACAAGGCCAUACGGGAGUUGGAUCAACAGCGUGUCAAGCUAGAGAAGCAAGAAAAGGCACUCGUCACCCAAAUUCGUCAGAGCGCGCAAAAGGGUCAAAUGGGUGCUUGCAAGGUCCAAGCAAAAGAUCUGGUCCGUACUAGGAGAUAUGUUGAGAAGUUCUAUGGGAUGAGGAGUCAACUCCAGAAAGUGUCCCUCCGUCUCCAGACAUACCGCACAAACGAACAAAUGAUGCAGGCAAUGAAAGGGGCGACAAUGGCUCUCGGCAGCAUGAACCGGACGAUGAACCUUCCCUCCCUCCAGCGCAUUGCUAUGGAAUUCGAGCGCGAGAACGACAUCAUGGAACAACGACAGGAAAUGAUGGACGAUGUAAUGGACGACGCUAUGGAUGUCGGUCUCGAAGAAGAAGGCGAUGAGGUGGUAGAACAGGUGUUGGAGGAAAUCGGUGUUGACUUGAGCCAAUCGCUCGGCGAGACACCGUCGGGGUUGCAGUCGGCUACUGUACCAGAGACCAGGAUUGCUCAAGCGGUUGGUGGUGGUGGCGGCGGCGGCGGAGCCGAUCCCGGCGACGAUGAUCUCCAAGCACGGCUUGACAGCCUGCGACGCUGA